GGAUACUUCAGCUUGUAAUUCUGAUGCGCGCCUAAAGUCUAUGAGAGCACAUUGUCAGAGGGGGUGAGGAUGGACAUCACCGCUGCCGUGUUCCUUUGUCUGCUAAGCUGCAUUCCAACCCAGCUUACAGGACAAGAGUUAAAGAGGACUGUGGUACCAGGAGGACAUAUCACCCUGAACUGCUCUACAAAGAGUGCUAUUGGAUCUCUAGCAGUGUGGAUUAAGUUGGGUUCUGAUCAGCCACCUCAAUAUAUUACACAAGAUUAUGUGAAAGAUCAAACACGCCUUAAAUUGAUCAAGAGUGAUGUCAACAAUGACUGCUAUAAUUUACUGAUCACCAACAUCACUACGUCGGAUGCGUGUGUGUACAUUGAUGGAUAUACGAUGCAGGCAAACAGUUCAUAUUUCUUAGGACACACUCGCACUAAAGUGACCUUUGCAGCAUCCUCAAGUCCCCAGCCCUCCGCUCCUCCUCCCCCUGACCACGGGCAGUGCUGGGUGUUGAUGGUCAGCAUGUGUGUUGUGUGCACUGGACUGUCUGCACUCACAGCUUCCAUCUGCGUCUACUGCUUCUGCAGCAGAACUGGACCAGAAUCACAAUCUCAGCAUCAUCAUGUCAAAAUAGCGGGCUCGGGGUACCAAAGAGAACAGUUCAUCUUCCUCCUCAGGUCUGCUAAGCUGCAUCCCAACCCAGCUUACAGGACAAGAGAUAAAGAGGACUGUGGUUCCAGGAGGAAAUAUCACCCUGAACUGCUCUACAAAGAGUGA